AUGUCAAAACUGUCAAACUGUAUGUCGGUGCUGCGGUUUUUUGCCAAUCAUCGUCGAUUUUCUGCAAAUCUCACAGUGUUUACGAUAAAACAAAGUCCAUUGUUUGUUAGCGUAAAUAAUUCAAGUGCAACGCUAUCGGGAAAAAUAUUGUGCGCGCGCGCAUCGUCAAGAUCGUGGAACAUGAGCUUCGUCUACCCGGAGGUGAGGAGGGAUGAGACAGUGGUCGACGACUACCACGGUACAAAGAUAGUCGAUCCUUAUCGAUGGCUUGAAGAUCCUGACUCCGAGGAGACGAAAGCCUUCAUUGAGGCCGAAAACAAAAUAACCCGUCCAUACCUCGAUGCAAGAGGGGACAGAUACUUCUUCUUCAAGAAUACAGGCCUUCAGAAUCAGAAUGUUCUAUACGUACAAGACAGCCUGGAGGGUGAACCGCGAGUGUUCCUAGAUCCUAACAAGUUGUCUGAAGACGGAACGGUGGCUCUUUCGGGCAGUCGUUUCACGGAGGAUGGCAACACUUUUGCGUACGGAUUGUCCGCCAGCGGUUCAGAUUGGAUCACGAUACAUAUUAAGGAUGUGGCGACAGGUGAAGACUACCCGGAGGUUUUAAAGAAGGUCAAAUUCGCUUCGAUGUCAUGGACCAAAGAUCACAAGGGACUGUUUUACUCACGUUACCCAGAGCAGACAGGCAAGACGGACGGGUCUGAGACGGAGGUAAAUCGCGAUCAGAAGCUGUGCUACCACAGACUCAACACGCCACAAGAGAGUGACGUCAUAGUCGUCGAAUUUCCCGAAGAGCCACUUUGGCGGAUCGGUGCGGAGGUUAGCGACUGUGGCAGGUACCUGCUCGUCAGUCCGGUUCGCGAUUGCCGCGACAACUUGUUGUUCUUCGCGGAUCUUCAUAAGCAUCCUGAAAUCGACGGCAAACUUCCCCUUACGCAGAUCGUGCAUAAUUUCGAGGCUGACUAUGAGUAUAUAACAAAUGAAGGAUCCGUGUGCAUAUUCCGUACGAACAAGAACGCGCCGAAUUACAGGCUCAUCAAGAUAGAUAUGAACGAUCCCGCAGAAGAGAAGUGGCAGACCCUUAUACCGGAGCAUCCCACUGAUGUAUUGGACUGGGCGUCAGCGGUGGACAACGACAAACUUGUCAUUCACUACGUCAGAGAUGUCAAGAGUGUCCUACAAUUGCACGGUGUAGCCGAUGGACAGCUAAUCCAGGAAUUCAACCUGGACGUAGGUUCGGUUGUAGGCUUCUCCGGGAAGAAGGAACAGACUGAGAUAUUUUACCACUUCAUGUCAUUCCUGACCCCUGGCAUCAUCUACCACGUUGACUUCAAGAAGCAACCAUAUAAGCCAACUAUAUUUAGAGAAGUAAGCGUCAAAGGAUUUGAUCCGUCCCACUAUGAGGCUAAACAAGUGUUUUACUCAAGCAAAGAUGGCACAAAAGUUCCUAUGUUUAUUGUUCAUAAAAAGGAUCUAGCCCUUGAUGGCAACAAUCCGGCUCUUGUUUAUGGUUAUGGAGGCUUCAAUAUCAAUGUACAACCCAGUUUUAGCGUGACCCGACUGGUAUUUAUGCAGCACUUCAAUGGUGUACUUGCGAUACCAAAUAUUCGAGGAGGCGGAGAGUACGGUGAGCGCUGGCAUAAUGCCGGUCGUCUGCUUAACAAACAGAACGUGUUCGAUGAUUUCCAAGCAGCGGCUGAGUAUUUACAAGCAAAUGGUUACACUCGCCCAGCCCUGACGACAGCCCAAGGCGGUUCCAACGGUGGGCUGUUAGUGGCCGCCUGCAUCAACCAGCGACCAGACCUUUACGGAGCCGCUAUUGUUCAAGUUGGUGUCUUGGACAUGCUACGUUUCCAAAAGUUCACAAUCGGACACGCUUGGGUAUCGGACUACGGCAGUUCCGACAACAAGACGCAAUUCGAGAAUCUGCUCAAAUACUCGCCGCUGCACAACAUUCAGGCACCUGAUAAUGUGAGUCGAGCGGAGUACCCAGCGACCCUAGUACUGACAGCCGAUCACGAUGACCGCGUGGUUCCUCUGCACUCGCUGAAGUACAUAGCGGCGAUACAACACGCUGUAUCUGGGUCGUUGCAGCGUCGUCCGCUCCUUGCUCGUAUAGAUACUAAAGCCGGCCACGGGGGCGGAAAGCCUACUGCGAAAAUCAUCGAGGAGCACACAGACAUCCUGUGCUUCAUGACCCAGACGUUGGGGCUCAAAUUCGAGAAGUGA